AUAGCGCGGAGUAUAUAAGGCUCAGCUUAGAAAACGAAGCGGUUCAGUUAGUGGUCAUACACCACGCUAAAACAUACGUGAACUCAAGAAUGAAUAUUAAGAUUGCCAUCAUUUUGGUGGCAGUGGCCACCCAGGUUAUAUGCGCGGAGGAUUCGAGGAAGGCGGAAAAGAGCUCGCAGAAUGUCGAAGCGGCGGCAACGGAAAAGAAAACGGAAAAACGUGGUCUACAGCAUAGUUUUGGUGACAUAGGUGGUGGCGGCGGCGGUUACGAUUUACACGGUGGCGGCGGCGGCGGCGGCGGUUACGAUUUACACGGUGGCGGCGGCGGCGGCGGCGGCGGUGGUGGUGGCGGUGGCUUUAGUUACGAUCAUGAGCAUGUGAAGACGGUGACGGUUGUAAAGAAAGUGCCGGUACCGUACGAAGUAACGAAGCACGUACCCUAUCUGGUGGAGAAGCACGUACCGUACGAGGUGAAGGUCGGCGUGCCGCAGCCCUACACCGUCGAGAAGCAUGUGCCCUAUCCCGUGAAGGUGUUCGUCAAAGUGCCGGUCCACGUGCCGCAGCCGUACACCGUCGAGAAGAAGGUGCCGUACGAAGUGAAGGUGCCGGUGGAUAAGCCUUACGAGGUCAAGGUAUACGUGCCGCAGCCCUACACCGUGGAGAAGCACAUACCGGUGCCGGUGAAGGUGCCGGUGCCGCAGCCCUACACCGUCGAAAAGCACGUGCCCUUCCCGGUGAAGGUGAAGGUGCCGGUGCCGCAGCCGUACCCGGUGGAGAAGCCGGUGCCCUACGAGGUGAAGGUGCCGGUGGACAAGCCGUACCCGGUCCACGUGCCGAAACCGUAUCCGGUCACCGUGGAGAAACCGUACCCGGUGCCGGUCGAGAAGCCGAUACCGUACGAGGUGAAGGUGCCAGUUGACAAGCCGUACCCGGUGCCGGUGGAGAAACCAUACGCGGUGCCGAUCAAGGUGCCGGUGCCGCAACCGUACCACGUUCACAAACCGGUGCCGGUGACGGUGGAGAAACCAUACGCGGUGCCGAUCAAGGUGCCGGUUGACAAGCCGUACAUCGUCGAGAAGGAGGUCCCGGUCCCGGUCGAGAAGGAAGUGCCGGUGCCGGUUAAGGUUCCGGUGCACAUACCCAUUCACAUACCGAAGCAUCACGACGGUGGCGAUUACGGCGGCGGUGAUCUAGGAGGUUACGGCGGCGGCGAUGGAGGCGGUUACGACUUCCACGGUGGCGGCGGCGGCGGCGGCGGUGGUGGCGGUUACGAUUUUCACGGCUGA